AACACUACCUCCCCCCGGCCUCGCCCUCGCCGUGCCGGUACCCGCCAUGCUGGUCUCCGUCGACGACGACUCCUCCGGCUGGCAGGAGUCCCCAUCGCAGGCCGUCCUCUUCGCCGAUGAGAUCGCCGCCGUGCGCGCCGUCCUGGGCGCGGGCCUCCCCGAGGCCCGCGUCGUCGCCGCGCUCUCCCGGUACGGUGGCAACGCCGAGCGCGCCAUCAACGCGCUCCUCGACGACUCCGCCGGCGCCGCCGAGGCGGGGCCCACCUACAGGGGCCGCGGCGGCGGUGCCGCCCCGAAGCCGGUCAAGGCGGAGCGCGACGUCGGCGGAGCCCCGCCGCCCGCCAAGGUGAAGGCCGAGGCCCUCGACGACGAGGUCGUGGGGAGCCAAGAUUCCGGCGCCGCCUCCGCAAAGGCCGAUGCCAAGGUGAAGGGCGAGCCGGCCAAUUGGUGCGCCAAAGAGCCGUCGGUGGUGCCGCAUCAGGUCAAGAAGGAGGAGAGGCCCGCCGGCGGCGGCCGUGACGCGCCAAGAAAAGGCGCUGCUGCUGCCGCGGCGGCGGCGGCGAGAGGCAGCGGAGGAGGCAUAAGCCUCGUGCCGCGGCCGAAGAAGAGGCCGAGGGAGGAGGUGGAGACCAUCGACCUCACCGCCACCCAUCCUGUACCGUACCUCAACUCGAGGCCCAUCCGAGCCCUGCCGCCGCCCGUCAACCCGAGGCCCAUCCUGGUGGUGCCGCCCCUGGACGUCCGGAUGUACGACCCGGGGCCCGUCCUGCCUGCGCCGCCGCCUGUGGACGUGGAGAUGUACGAACCGCGGCCGCGGCCCCUCAGGGCGGCUGCGCCUGCCCCUGUCCCUGCCCCGGUAACUGACAUGAGGAUGGUGGUGGCACCGCCGGACGCCGAGUUUGGCAACUUCCCCGAGGAGCGUGACUGGUUGCUCGUCGGCAAGUCCUAUGUGCCCGGGUUGUCCACCAACCGUGGGAGGAGGAGGAUGGACGCCGGGGAGAUCGUCCAUUUCGCAUUCCCUUCGUCCGAGAGGAGCUAUGGCGGGGUAAAGAUGUCAGCCAAGAAGGUGGCGGCUCUGGCGGCGAUUGUGCGCUUCUCCACCAAACGAGCUGGAGAGAUUGGGAGGCUACCACAAGAGUGGACGCAAUGCCUUGUCCCGCUUGUCAACUCGUCCAAGGUCAAGAUUCACGGGAAGAUUGUGUUCCCAACAAUAGAACUGAGGCUGAUGCAGGAGAUUUUGCUGUAUGCUAGCUUCUACAUCCACAAAUCUGUGUUCACUGAAAUGGACAACUCAUCAUGUGACAUGCUCGAUCAUGCAAAUGUCAAUUUCUCUUCCAGUCCUCUUCAUCAAUUGCUUACUUUACUCAAGCUAAAGGCAUCCAACAAGGAUGAUUUCUCUCUUGGUGACCUCAGCACAAGAAAGUUGCAGCGAAUUCUAAGGGGGAACCAUAACAGCGGCGAUGAAUCCACUCCUGUGCUUGGCCAGACCUUUCUAGAGCAAGGCCCUGAUGAGCAGGCUAUUUCAGAGGCUGCCUUGAACAAACUUGUUGGCACUGCUGAAACAUUUGACUUAGAGGAAGCAGAGCCUCCGAGUACCCUUGUCUCUGUUCUAAAACCAUACCAAAAACAAGCUCUCUUCUGGAUGUCUAAAUUAGAGAAGGGAAUGGAUGCUAAUGAAGCAACAAAAACUCUCAAUCCCUGUUGGAGUGCCUACAAUAUUGCAGACAAGAGAGCUCCUGCAGUGUAUGUUAAUCUUUUCACUGGUCAAGCAACAACACAAUUUCCAAGUGCAACUGGGACUGCACGAGGAGGGAUACUAGCAGAUGCAAUGGGUCUUGGCAAAACUGUGAUGACCAUUGCUCUUAUACUUUCAAACCCUAGGGGGGAGUGUUCCAACUAUAUAGAAAGAGAUACAAGAGGCCUGAGAGAUCAUGGGACCAGAGCACGCACCUCAAGAUCCUCUGUAAGAGGAGGUACACUUAUUGUUUGUCCAAUGCCGUUAUUGGGUCAAUGGAAAGAUGAAUUGGAGGCACAUUCAAUACCAGGAGCCCUUUCUGUUUUUGUGCAUUAUGGUGGUGAUAAAACGGAUAACCUCAUGCUGAUGGCUCAGCAUGAUGUUGUGUUGACGACGUAUGGUGUCCUUUCAGCCGCAUACAAAGCUAAUGGCAGAAGCAUCUUUCAUAGGAUGGAUUGGUAUAGGAUUGUGCUUGAUGAGGCUCACACAAUCAAAUCUCCUAAAACUAAAGGAGCCCAAGCAGCUUUUGGAUUAAACUCAGAAUGCAGAUGGUGCCUUACAGGCACACCGUUGCAAAAUAAUUUGGAGGACCUCUACAGUCUUUUCUGCUUCUUGCAUGUCAAGCCAUGGUGCAAUGCAAAUUGGUGGCAGAAGCUUAUUCAGAAACCUUAUGAGAAUGGUGAUGAUAGAGGAUUGAAAAUUGUUAGAGCUAUUCUCAGGCCACUAAUGCUGAGGAGGACCAAGGAAACAAAAGACAAGAUCGGAAAUCCUAUACUGGUCCUCCCUCCAGCUCAUAUUGAAGUUGUAGAAUGUGAACAAUCUGAACAUGAACGUGAUUUCUAUGAAGCACUUUUCAGGAGGUCAAAGGUUCAAUUUGACAAAUUUGUAGCGCAAGGCAGUGUUCUUAACAAUUAUGCUAAUAUUCUUGAGCUACUUCUCCGGCUAAGACAAUGCUGCAAUCACCCUUUUCUAGUUAUCAGCCGUGCUGAUCCUCAAAAGUAUGCUGACCUUGACCAGCUAGCACAGCGGUUCCUUGAAGGAGUCCAAAGUUGUUCUGGAAGACAGAAUGCACUACCCUCACGUGCUUAUGUCGAAGAGGUUGUUGAAGAGAUUCGGCAGGGUGCUACUACUGAGUGCCCUAUCUGCCUUGAGUCAGCUUCUGAUGAUCCUGUGCUCACUCCUUGCGCACAUCGGAUGUGCCGCGAAUGCCUUCUUUCUAGCUGGAGGACUCCAGAUGGAGGACCAUGUCCCCUGUGUCGAAGUCACAUCAGCAAAUCUGACCUGAUCAUAUUGCCUGCUCAGUGUCGCUUCCAAGUUGAUGCUGAAAAUAACUGGAAGGACUCCUGCAAAGUGAGCAAACUUAUCUUGAUUCUGGAGGAUCUGCAGAAGAAAAGGGAGAAGAGCAUUGUAUUCAGCCAGUUCACGUCAUUCUUUGAUCUUCUGGAGAUCCCCUUCAAUCAUAAGGGUAUGAAGUUCCUGAGGUAUGAUGGCAGGUUGAGCCAGAAGCAUAAAGAAAAAGUUCUGAAGGAGUUUAGUGAAAGUCAGGACAAGCUGGUGCUACUGAUGUCACUCAAAGCUGGAGGUGUAGGGCUAAAUCUUACAGCAGCAUCCAAUGUUUUCCUGAUGGAUCCAUGGUGGAACCCUGCAGUGGAAGAGCAGGCUAUCAUGAGAAUUCACCGCAUUGGGCAAAAAAGAGCAGUCCAAGUGAGACGAUUCAUCGUGAAGGAUACCGUCGAGGAGCGGAUGCAACAAGUGCAAGUGUGCAAGCAGAGGAUGAUUUCUGGGGCACUGACAGAUGAGGAAGUCCGUGGUGCUCGCAUUGAGCAUCUCAAGAUGUUGUUUACAUGAUUAUUGCUGUGAGCAGCAGAUGUGUAUAGCUGAUGUUUUAUGUCCUGGAUACUUGGUAGUACUGAGUAAGUAGACAUGUUUGGUAGUAUCUAGGAUCAGAUUACUGAAUGGGGAUGGAUGGGUGGAACCUUGUGCCUAUCUGAUUUUGUGGAUAGAUCCCCAUCCUGGUUGUAUAUUAUCUAUAAUAGUAUCUUUUGGUGUUCAGCAUCCUGCUACGGCUAGUCUUGUGGAGUUGUAGCCACUGAUUGUGAUCAGCUUCAGCCACCUGAUGCCUCUCUGCUUCCA